ACAAAAAAACUUUCUGGCGAGCGGACGUGUUAGCGGACGAAAACGUAUCAGAACAGAACUAUACUAGAGGGACGGCGGGGAAAGGUGGCUAAGAAAGUGCCAUACGAACUGAGUGUGCGAGCGGAAGAGAGCAACUGGGUAUUGUUUGUGUGUGUCUUUCAGUGUGGGUGCGUGUGGUUGAGCAAACACAACAAACAUAUUUCCAAGGAAGUUUCCAAUUAUGUCGACGGUGGAAUCCUCAAGCUCGGCGGUGCAGCAGCCGCCGUCCUCGACUUUGCCUUUAUUGGGCGACAACCAGGUGGUGAUGCAGGCCUCCACCAGUUCUGGAUCCGCCUCCUCCUCCUCUUCGGGCGGGGGCGGAAAUAGUGUGGUGGGCGUGCCGCUAGACACGCAGAGCAGCGGUGAGCCGCCGGCCAAGAAACAGUUGUUGGACUCGGGGGCCACCAGCAGCAGCAGUUCACUUUCCAGUGCCGCUGCUGCGUCGGGAAUGCACGAAAAGUUGGCCCACCGCAUCUCCAAUGCCCUGUGCUGCGCCGUGUGCCUGGAUCUGCCCAAGACGGCCAUGUACCAGUGCCAGAUGGGUCACUUGAUGUGCGCCGCCUGUUUCACCCAUCUUCUGGCGGAUGGACGCCUGCGAGAUCAAAUUGCCACUUGCCCCAAUUGUCGCGUGGAAAUAUCAAAGAGCACUGCUUCGCGAAAUUUGGCUGUGGAGAAGGCCGCUUCAGAAUUGCCCAGCGAGUGUCAGUUUUGCAACAAGGAGUUCCCUUACAAAUCUCUUGAACGCCAUGAACAACACGAGUGCCAGGAGCGCCCCACCAAAUGCAAAUAUCAUCGCAUUGGCUGCCAGUGGCGUGGACCCUUUCAUGAGACUAACGAACACGAGCGCAACUGCUUGCAUCCCCAGAAGUCUGGCUACGAAGUAAUGGCGGCCCUGGAGGCCCACGAUGACAGGAUCAAGGAGGAGAAAAAGAUGUUCAACACUCUGAUUGACUUGCUAAGCUACGAAAAGAUCAUUUUCAAUGAUCUUCAGAUGAAACCCUACCGGACGGACGAGUACGUACACAAGCUUUUCUACGAGACCGCCCGCUUUUCGGCUUUCAACCAGCAGUGGGUGGUAAAGGCACGCAUCAACAAUAGCCAGCGCGAUCCUCACCAGUCGAACGAGCGGACCAUAACCUAUCAGCUGAUCCUAAAGACCAAGACCAGCACGCCCAUGAGCAUACAUUUUUUCGCGCUGAAGGGUCCCUUUUCUGAUAUGAAGGUCUCCACGCAGAUUUACAAGCACGAGUUCACUGAAACGAGUACCGAAAGUGAGUAUUAUGUUUUGCCACUACCAGAUGGCAUCGGGGGUACCGGCUCAAGUGAAUGUAACAGAAUGCUGGCCAAUAAAGGCAUUAACUUCCGCCUGCUCAUGUUUCUGCUGAACAAGUAAACACAAUUACACUGUGCAGACGAUUAAGAUUUUCAAAUUAGUUUAAGUUUGUUGUUUCAAACUCUUGAAUGUGCAAAACCUAGACAUAGUUGUCUUAUAUUUUCUAUAUAUGUAUAUGUAUAACUUCGAAACGGAAACCACGAGCCUAGCCUAACAGAGUCCCGCUCCCCGCGAACCCACAACCCGCUCACAGAAACGUCGUAUAUUUCAAUCAUGUCCCCGAUAACGCAGACGUAACGCGGAAGGUUGUAACCUAAGUUUAUAGUAGACUCGACUACAUUUUGUACAUGAGAUAAUGCCAUUUUAUGGAGACACUUUUCAAUAGCUAUGUUAAAUUUGCUGUUAGUGCUGGUGGCGAAAUGGAAUCGAUUGAUGGACAAGACGGCCGAUGUGUUUGACUAACGAUUUAAUGAUCUCACAGGAAGGAGCCAGCCCACGCUAACCCGAUAAUACCGAUAAUAACCAUAAACUAGCUGUAGAUUAACUGUCAGGACGCAAGGACCUCGAGUCCACGGCUCCGUUUUCACUGUAAGAAGAACAACACCAAGUUGAAGUUCGAACCCUUAGCAGGCGCAAAUAUAGCGAUCUACUAUAUUAUGUAGCUCUAGAAUAUUACGAUCACAUAGCCCGGGACAAAGCAAAAACACCCAAAAAAAAAUCGAGUCCUCACGUUCAAAUCUUGUCUAAUCCUCGUUCUGUUGACCCUCUUACGAUUUAAUGCUUACAAUUUACAUUCGUAUGUGUAAUAUUUAUAUGCAUCGUUAAAUGAUAACUAUACCUAAUGCAGAUAUAAUAAAGAUACUUCUUAAUAAAAAAAA